AAGUCGAAUAGAAAAUGUCAGAAGUUGUGGUAUUUUUUUUCGGUUUUGUUGUUGUUUUCAGUAAGCAGGCGUCACGCCAAGGUAAUGCUCCAGAGACCUCAUGUUGUCCAAGCCUCCUCGAUCCUGGGCACAGAAAACAUUACAAGUUCGUACUCCGUCGUGUCCGCUGUCAGUCGUGUUCCUAGUGUCGGGAGCGUCGCACGUCAAUAUGGAAUUCAAUGUCACAGAACAUCAGCACGUCCGCUACAAUCCCUUAAAAGACCAGUGGGUUUUGGUCUCACCUCAUCGCUGCAAACGUCCCUGGAGCGGGCAGACGGAACCAGAACCGGAAGAACUCUCCGAUGAGAACAACCCAUUGAAAGCUGGUGCAGUCAGAGCUAAUGGACAGAAAAAUCCGAAUUACACUUCCACGUACGUGUUCCCAAACGACUUCCCGGCUCUCCUGGAACGUGUCCCGGAACCGCCGCCGUCAGAACACCCUCUGUUCCAGAUGUCCCAGGCGAAGGGAACUUGCAGGGUGAUGUGCUUUCAUCCGGAUUCCAAAAUGACGAUAUCGCUGAUGACCGUGGAUGAAAUACUGAGCGUCAUCGAAGAAUGGGUACGACAAACCCAGGAGUUGGGUCGACGUUACACCUGGGUGCAGGUCUUUGAGAACAAGGGCUCCGUCAUGGGCUGCUCCAACCCUCACCCCCACUGUCAGAUAUGGGCCUCCAGCUAUUUACCCGACGAGGGUAAAAUUAAGGACAGGUGUCAGAAAGAGUACUUCAUCAAAAAUGCUAGGCCGAUGUUGAUGGAGUACUUGGAGCAAGAGCUGAUGAGGAAGGAACGUAUAGUCCUCGAGAACCAGUCUUGGGUGACCCUCGUCCCUUACUGGGCUGUAUGGCCGUACGAGACCUUACUUCUGCCGAAGCAGCACGUUCAGAGGAUCACAGACCUGGACGAGGUUCAGAAGCAGGACCUGGCUAUCAUGAUGAAAGAGCUGAACACCAAAUAUGACAACUUAUUCCAAUGCAACUUCCCCUACAGUAUGGGCUGGCAUGGGGCUCCCACGGGUCCAUCCGCUAAACCCGGGGACUCCCCGCACUGGGUGUUCCACGGCAUCUAUCUACCGCCACUCCUGAGAUCGGCUAGUGUCAAAAAAUUCAUGGUGGGCUACGAACUGCUAGCACAACCACAAAGAGAUUUAACACCCGAGCAAGCAGCGGAAAAACUAAGAGAAUGCAGUCUAGUACACUACAAAUAUGUGUAGUCUAGACUUAUAUGACCGCUAAUGUUAUAUAUAUAAUGUUCUCAAUAAACUUUGUACACAUGAA